CUAGGGUGACAGUAUGUUAAAAAAUAAAAAAAAUAAUAAUAAUAUUAAAAAAAAAUAAAAAUCUGAAUACAUUUAGGCCAACAUGUAUGAAGAAAGAUUAUUUAUUUGCAAAAUUUUAUAAGAAAAACACUUUCAAAAUUUGUGAUCUUUUUAAUUUAUAUAGCAAAGAAAAAAAAAUCCCAGUGGUGAAUAAAUACCACCAAAAUAAAGUUUUAUCUGUCUCAAAAAAUGCUAAAAAAUUCAUAUGGGUACAGUGUUGCAUGACCGCACAAUUGUCAUUCAAAGUGUGAUAGCACUGAAAGCUGAAAACUGGCCUGGACUAGAAGGGGGUGAAAGUGCCCGGACUUGAAAUG